AUGGAGUUUAUGGUCAUCACCUCCGCUCAGCACGUAGCACCGCCUAUAAAACUUUCCUCAAGCUCCUUGAUUUUCACGGCAUCUAGGGAGACACGGCAGCGGAAAGAGCAAGUACUUCGUCGGAAUCAUAAAAGCAAAAAGCGGUUGCGCACAGAUGCUAGCUCGAGUGGCGCUGACAUGGUGUUAAAAAUUUCAGGGAGGCUACUUAAGCAAUUGUGUUUCUCAGAACUCCAGGACCGAAGAUACGCCACCGCGGUGGGUUUAGCGACGAGUUUAGAUAAAUUUCACUGCGUUAUAGCGCCAUGUGUUGAAAGUGCCUUGGACGGCGUCUUUCAACUUAUUCCCUCGGCGAACCUCGACGAGUACCUCUUCGACGUUCACAAUGAGCUCAUGUCGAGAGACCAGCUGGUUGUCUUUACGGUUUGGGAUAAUUUGGAGGACCUGGCGGUUUCCGAGCAGCAGCAUCAUCUUUUUCUCCACCACAAACGUGAACGACGAUCCGUGGCGGCGACAGUCCUCAGCGUAGGGGAGGGGAGUCGAGCCGAGAGCGUUGCCGCUCCGGCGUACCCCCCCACCGCCCCCCCGGAAGGCUCCUCUAGCGGGAUUCCUCCUCCGCCUAGCCCGUUUAGCCGCACGUCUCGUCUCUUUUUGAGUAUGGAGGAGUCGAAGGAGGAUCGCGUGGAGGAUCGCUUUUCCAUUGGUUCCAACCGCUCCACCCCGACUAUUGGACCCCACCUGCAGCGCGUAGAGCCUUUUCUUAACGCGGUUCCCACCAUCACCACGCCGCAGGAUAUCAAAGACCUCAACGAGCUCCUCGACGACGGCGUGAUUCGCGUCGGGGAAGGGUGGAUGGGUUUCCUCUGCUCGCGUUGCGCGCACAUCCCGCCACUUACCCUUACGAUGCCUUGUUGUGGGGGGAUGUUAUGCCCGCCUUGCUUGCCCUCCCCACCAACGGUGGAGGGGGUUUCGCGUGGCGAGCGGUUAUGCCCGAUUUGCCACGAGGAACCCUCGGAACCGCCUCGAAGCCAUCCCCAGCACGACGAGCGGCUCUCUCAUUUGGUGAAAGAGUUAAAGGUGUUGUAUCUCCCACAGCUGCGGGCACUAAAGCAGACGCGAGAGUCUCCGAGUUACCCCAUAAGGGGACUGCUUUUGGCGAAUACAUCGCCAUUUCUCGGCUCUUUGUAA